AUGUCAGACAAACAGUACAUAUUGGGCAUGGAUAUAGGUACAACUUCAGUGAAAGUGUGUGUUUACGAUCCAAAAACCAAAGAAAUAGUCGCGAAACAGAGUAAAGAUACUGCCGCGAAUAUACCAAGUGAUCAAGGCAUAGAAGGGAAUAAACAGGAUGUUCCUAAAAUAGUAUCAGCUGUCCACUACUGCGUGUCCCGGCUACCGAGAGAUGUUUUACGACAUGUCACAAAGAUUGGCGUCUGUGGUCAGAUGCACGGUGUUGUAUUAUGGAAUAAAGGAGCUUGGGAAAAAGUAGAAAAGGAUGGAGUAGUAAUGCGUUAUGAAGCUACCAGAGAAAAAAUGUCUGCCUUAUACACAUGGCAAGAUACAAGGUGUAAGCCAGAAUUUUUAGACUCAUUGCCAAAACCUGAAUCACAUCUAAAUUGCUAUUCAGGUUAUGGAUGCGCAACAUUACUAUGGAUGCUUAAACAUAAGCCAGAAAAACUAAAGAAUUAUAGGUACUCUGCAACUGUCCAAGACUUUGUGGUAGCUAUGCUCUGCAACUUGGAGAAUCCAAUUAUGUCCAACCAAAAUGCAGCUAGUUGGGGCUAUUAUAACACAGAAAAAAAUGAAUGGAAUUACGAUAUUCUUAAGUCCAUCAAUUUUCCAGUCAAUCUCUUGCCUAAAGUUGUAAAAAGUGGUGAAAUUGCAGGAGUGCUAAAUGCCUCCUGGAAUGGGAUUCCAGAAGGCACACCCGUAGGAGCAGCCUUAGGAGAUCUACAAUGUUCCAUCAUUGCAACAUUAGAGAGCAAAGAGGAUGCUGUUUUAAAUAUAUCCACGUCUGCUCAACUUGCUUUUGUAGUUAAAAAUAUUGAAGAUUUAGGAUGUAAGACUGUUGAGCACUUGCCAUAUUUUAAAAAUUCUUAUUUAGUAGUAGCAGCCUCUUUAAAUGGUGGAAAUGUUCUUGCCACUUUUGUUAAAAUGCUCCAGCAGUGGAUGCUUGAAUUUGGAUUUCCCAUUCCACAGUCAAAAGUUUGGGAGAAAUUAAUCACUCUUGGCUUGGAAGCACCAGUAUCUUCCACAAUGAAAAUAUGUCCACAUUUGUUAGGUGAAAGACACGCACCUGCAUCAAAGGCAGCUGUUGAUAACAUCGAUCUCUCAAACAUUCAGCUAGGGCAUGUUUUCAAAUCUUUGUGUGACAGUUUAAUCGACAACUUGCAUAUUAUGAUGCCAAAACAAAUUUUGCAAAAUGCAAAUAUCAAAAGAAUUGUCGGUAAUGGUUCUGGGUUAUCUAGAAAUCCGGUUUUGCAAAGAGCAGUCGAACAUUAUUAUAGCUUGCCACUAGAAUUUACAUCCGGUGGGGAUGCUGCAAAAGGUGCAGCUAUAGCCGUAUUGGAGAUUGCAUAG